GAGUUUUAUAGAUUCUCUGUUAUCAUCAACAUUCGAGUUUAUAGUAUUUUAAGCAACAAUUAAGUGUUUAUUAAAAACACGGAUGAAUUAAUGUAAAUGUAUUGGUGAAAACACAAAAUCAUUCCGUAAUAGAUAUCUCAUGAUUUACUAGGCCUAAAUUAUAAAAUGGGUGGUUUAUUUAGUUACUUUAGAGGAUUGUUAGGGGCGCGUGAAAUGAGGAUAUUGAUCCUCGGAUUGGACGGCGCCGGUAAAACUACUAUAUUGUACAAACUGCAAGUUGGGGAGGUGGUAACUACUAUACCAACCAUCGGGUUCAAUGUAGAACAAGUUACGUACAAAAAUUUAAAGUUCCAGGUUUGGGAUCUUGGUGGACAGACUAGUAUUAGGCCAUAUUGGCGAUGUUACUACGGAAACACAGAUGCAAUAAUUUAUGUGGUAGAUUCUGCAGACAGAGAUCGAAUAGGCAUAUCCAAGGAUGAACUGGUGCAUAUGUUAAGAGAGGAGGAACUUGCAAAUGCGAUUCUAGUGGUCUUAGCAAACAAGCAAGACAUGGCAGGCUGCCUAACAGUGGCAGAAGUACAUCAGGCAUUAGGGUUGGACGCCCUCCGCGAUAGAACUUUCCAGAUAUUUAAAACGUCGGCUGUAAGGGGCGAAGGGCUGGACCAAGCGAUGGACUGGCUAUCUGAUGCAUUACAAGCUAGGAAAUAACAUAGAGAGGCUGUUAUAUUUGAAGAUACGAAGGACAGGAUCGAAGGAAAAAUCAAGAUUGGAAUGGAGAGACAUAAAUUAUCUAUUAGUCAUACGUUUAUUGCCUUUAAGUUAGUACUUAGCGUCGCCGCCAUAUUCUAGUAUCUGUAAGAGUUUAACAGAGUGGCUAAGAAACAGUCCACCUGAUGUUUUGCGAUCACAGUGAUUUCAACUCCAAACAUGACAUUGUCAUCCCUGAACAAUGUGAUGCCUUUUGAUCUAUAUUUGUGGUUACUUUUUUAUUGGUAUUGUCAUCUAUGCAUCCACAAUUAAGUCUGUUAUUAAAUUAAAUGUAUGUCUAUAAUACGAAAAUGAUACAUUUUUUCAAUUUGUUUAAUUUAUUUCAUAAUAUAUUGAAUUAACUUUCUAUAAAGGUGGCACUACACGAUCGUCCAACUCCAAAUGUUUACUAUAGUCGUAUUUUUAAUUAGACGAAGUCAACUGACGUUUACUGUGUUGUCAGUUUUUGAUGAAAUAAAAAUAGUGUUGUGACAAAGUGAAUGAUUGAAAAACUCCUGAAUUAAUGAAAUUGCCUCGAUUGUCUAGUGAAUAGUUAGUGUGCUGAACUGCCGAUAUCGGGUACGGGGUUCGAAUUUUAGUCGUGCUUUGUACAUACCAACGAGUUUUCGACGACUAUGUUCCUAUAAUAUCUACCUAUACUGAAUACCGAGUGUUUUAAACAUUAAGGAAAAUAUUGCGAGGAAACUUGUAAGACUGUCCUAUUUUCAAUACAUCAUGUAGUUGAAACUAUAGAUGUAUAAAAUAUAACAAUUAUAGGUAGGUAAUGAGAAUAAAAAAAAUCGCUUAUUACAUAAUUUGUUUUUAUUCAUUAUCAGAUAAAAAAUCAUCACUAUCGCUUUCGGUGACAUUAAUUAAAAAUCUGUCAGUAACAUUGUCAAUCAUGUGGUCGAGACCAUACAUUUUGUCUUCUUUUUUAAUUAUAUGAGACACGCAGCUAUUCCAUUUUUCAGGUGUGAUAUGUUGAAGUCCUUCUUCAAAAAGUUUUUUUACUUCUGUCAUUUUGAAGGUUUUGUUAUUUCUUGCAACAUAUCCUUUAGCCUGCGCCCAUACCAACUCAAUGGGAUUGAGCUCACAGUGGUAUGGGGGCAGACGUAAAACAAUUAUCCCAUGCUGCGCUGCCAUCUCGUCCACAACAUACUUAUCGCAAUGUUCUUGCUUGUGCUGCCGUACAAUGUCUAUAAGAGUAGCUUUAACCAUUGUUGCUUCGAAUGAAAUAUUUUUGCUCGUUAGCCACUCUAGUAUUCUAGGUUUAGUCCAAGACAUUUUAGGCAGCGAUUCUAGUUUCCCGGAGUGGUAGGGGGCAUUAUCCAUCACUACUACGGAAUUUGGUUUUAGUUUUGGCAAGACCCCCCUAAACCACUUCUCAAAGGAAUCGGCAUUCAUCUCUUGAUGAUAAUCUUCUUUAUUUUUUUUGGCUUCAAAUAUUAAUAAGCUGUCUUCUACGAAUCCUUCUUCCCCGCCUAUAUGGCCGAUAAUUAAUCGUUUGCCCUUUCCUGAAGGCUGUUUUAAGCCAGUGGUCAAGCCAUCUAGGAAGGCCUGGCGGGACGAUAACACUGUCUGGUCAAUCCAUGCCUUCUUCGGUGCAUGACCUUCAAGAUAGUGAAAAAUAUCAAUUAAUUAUUGAAAGUACAAUUUAAUGUAAAGAAAACAGAAAAUUGUAAUUACCUUCGUUGAUCCAGGUUUCAUCUUGGUAAUAAAUAUACCUUCCUUCCCUUCGAUACUCUUUAAUUUUUCGAAGGUAUCGCUGGCGCCAUAGAAUAAUGUCCUGUCUGUCAAUUAAAAUGCUGUGUCUUGAUUUUGUGACAUAUUUGAAAUUUAAAUGUUUCAUAACAUUUCUUAAUGUACUCCAAGAAAAAUUGGGUAAGUCUGGGUCUUCAUUGACAACCUUAAGAAUCUGUAAAGUAAUAAAAAUAUGUUUUGAGUAAGGAAGUCUACGCAAUCUAAUACUUUGGUUUUACAAAGAACAUUAUGGUGGACACAGAAUAUAAUGCAGUAGAAGGAAUAAAGUUUAAGUUACCUUUAUAAUGGUGGGUGACUCAUUUGCAUAAAAAAAAUUAUGUACUUUUCGCCUUAUAGCGGCAAAAGUAAAAUCGUCUAAUUUAUCUUUGAAACUGUGUUUCGGUCCACGUUUCUCGGGAGACUUAAAUUGUUCAUUUUCUUUGCAUUCUUUUAACACACUGUAAACUGAGGUCACACCAAUUCCCAAAAUGUCAGCUGUUUUCGAAACACAUUCUUUUUUUUCGGGGGCCUCAAUAGGUAAUAGUGAAGCAGCUUUUUCCUCAAAUACGUGUUUGUAGACGUUUUGUAUCAUAAGUUUUUCGGUAACGCUUAAAGCAAUCCGUGGUCUCUUCUUUCUUGGAGACAAGCUUUGGCUUGACGUGCUUGGUUGAGGAUCCAUAUCAUUUGUACGAAACAAUAUAGCAACAAAUAAACACAACAAUUACCACAAACACAACGUAACGAAAAACUUAACAAAAACAAUAACUAAACAGCGUGAGCGCAGAAAAAACAUUCGUGCUAUCAGACCAGAGGUUAGAAGCCGAAUAACAAACAAAAUGGCGACCGACGCGCGCGGCGUUGAUCGGUGUUGGCAGUAGUCGCCGCGCCGCGCUUUGUAAUAAAACCUCAAAAAACUGAUUGUAGUUACAUACUACUAGUAACUUAUAUCAGAGCACUUUUAUACAAUUUUAUUGUAAAAUAGAAAUAAUAUUCUUUUAUAGUUUGAAAUGAUUAACUAUACACACUCAUUGUUCAUUCAUCUGAUUGAACGAGAACUGAACGCAUCACUAUUACUUUAAAUAUGGCAACAUUAUUUUACAAAGUGACAUUAGCUACUGUCAGUUGGCUUCGUCUAAUUAAAAAUACGACUAUAGAAUCUUUUUUCAUUUGCAAAUGUUUAAGCGUACCUGACUCGCGGGGGCAAGGACAGGUUAUGUUGGAUUCGAACCGAUUGAAACCCCAUGGUGUUCCACCUUCCUCAAUUAUAAGCAGAGCCACGGGAACUCUUUCGCGCACAUCUGCAACUUUAUUAACGCUAGACGCCAUUUUGCUUCCCCUCGGGAGGGGACAACUCCUCCCCCUUUCUUCUCGUCAUGCGAGUCGCACUUUCCUAUAGGGCGAUCUUCACCCCCACCAAGCUCUAAAAGGGCAGAGGUCGGGGAUUCUGGUUUUUGAACCCAGCGGUGGAUCUGUUCUACGUCUCUGCCGCGAACUACUUUUUUUAACUGCUAUACUACCCGAUGGUAAGUGGUAAUGUAGCUGAAGACGUUCAAACGAAAACGGUAAGAUUUACCUUAAUGAAAGCCUAGUCACUUUUGCCUUGAAGACACAUUUGUAAAGGGACGGGAAACACAAAUUAUUCCAUUCUGUUAUUGUAAGCAUGACUAAUGUUGAAGCAAAUCCUUUUGUUCGAAUGCGUGAUAAGUUGACUACAAAUUGGUGGGGGACUGCCCGACUACCAACACUCCUCCUCCUCCGUGACUCUACUUUGGCUGCGACGGUACGAGGGAGGACCGGUUUGUACGAAUGGCGAACUCUGUCAUACUCCUUAUCCGAACCUUCUCUACACAUUAAGUGUUUUAGGGUUGGACGAUCCGUGCAGAGCCGAAAAAUAUUGUUUUACCAUUAUAUGAGAAAACUGUCGAUACAAGGGCAUCCACGACUUUUUCUGCCACCAGGGCCGCGCCACUUAGUAAUGAGGUGAUAUUUGACAGAUUUCAUAGCAGGAAAAGACAAUUUAAUCCGAAAAUGUAAAAGUUUAUGUUCUUUCUGAAAUAUUAGCAAUAUUUAAUAUUAAUUACAUAAUAAAUGAACAAUCAUACUACAAAAAUAUUUCUAAAAAUAGAAAAAAAAACAUUGUUGUCUGUAUUUGCACACUCUAGAAACCGAUAAACUUUUAAUAAAUCGUAAUUUCUUUAAUAUAAUGACCAUGUGUAACUAAUAACUUCAACUCACUCCCAACUAGCGACAUCUGGUGAGCGUAAAAUUAUUAGCCCUCAUUGAUGCAGCACGUUAAGUUUAUCGUAGGUUUUGAAGGCAGCUUGGCCAAUAGAUUAAACCAACGUCAAUCUUCAAGCUUUUACAUUUUUUAAGCACUUGUUUUAUAAUUUCCAUUAAUUUUUCAAAUGUCUACGUACAUAUUAUAAUAAAAAAUAGUAGUUUGCUUAUGUCAACGUCAAGGUUCGUCAAAACUCUGUUGAUACAUAACCUAUAACUAAAAAUGCAAAAAAAAUUAAUAUCAUACGUAACCCGAUCAGUGAAAAAUACACAAAUACACAGUGAAAAAAAAUCGACAUAAAAAAAUACAUGAAAAAAAAAAUACGCACAAGCAAUUUUUGUUGUUUUUUUUAUUAACCUAAAAUAUAUCAAGUAUAACUAACAUACAGCCCUUAUCAAUUAAAAAUGUGCGAAUCAAAAAUGUAAUUUAUAUAAGUUAAUUAAUGUUUAUUUUAUUUAUAUAAAUAAAUUACUGUUUAUAAUGAUAUUUCCAUUCUAUAGUGUAUUGAGUUCACUAUUCAAAUGAAUAAAGAAUUUAGAUAAUAAUAUUUUCAAAAACUUAUUUAUUUAUGAAUACAGACUAUGAAACGGAAUAGCUCAUAAAAAAUAUUAAUUACAUUCGUUGCAGUCAACGUAUAACCUUGCAGUUACUUUGACAGCGCGGGAAUGCGAGACUUUUCUGCCACCAGUAUAGCGUCACUUAGGAAUGAGGUGAAAUAUUUGAUGGACAGAUUGCAUGGAGGUUAAGUUAAAUUGUUAGAAAAGUGCAAUGGUUAAUGUUUCUUGCUGUAAUAUCAAUUACAUUUUAUAAUUAACUAUACUAAAAAUUAAUAAACUAAACAAAGGAAACUUAAAAAAAAAAAGAGUUAAAAACGUGCAAAAAAUUAAAAAGCAAUCCACUGAGGUAUUGUUUUGUUUAUUAAUAUAAUACUCUAGAAACUGAUAAACUUUUACAUAAAACUAACUGCUCAAUUAAAUGACAUUGUGUAACAAAAAAUUUCACCUCAGUCCCAACUAGCGACAUCUGGUGAGUGGAAGAUGAGUUCUCAUUGGUGCUGUUAAAAUGGCGGUGCUGCAAACAUAAGCGUGUUAUAGUCAAAAUGGUAUGCGACGCGAUAUCAGUAGGUAAAGCAAUUGUUUCGUAGGUAAACGCGGCAGGCGAUGGAUGUAACUAUAGUUUAUAGGUACAUAUUAGUUAUUGAUUGAUUAAUAUAUAUUUUGUAUCUGUGACAUUCACCAAGCUAUGUGUAAUUUAUAUUGUAUGUCGGCAAGAGAGAAGGAUUGUUUCAAAUACAAUAUCCUG